GACUUCACUCGCAACUCAGACGCUCAACCACCGCACUACGACGGGGUAACGCCACCGGCGAUUUCCACCAUGGAUGUUUUCCUUCUAGAGAAAGUUCUUCUCGGCCUCUUUUUGGCCAUCGUUCUCGCAACUGUAGUCUCGAAGCUGCGGGGAAAGAAGUUCAAGCUUCCUCCCGGUCCGAUACCGGUUCCUAUUUUCGGAAACUGGCUCCAGGUCGGGGAUGACCUGAACCACCGCAAUCUCAGCGACCUCGCGAAGAGAUUCGGCGAUGUGUUCCUCCUCCGGAUGGGGCAGCGUAAUCUGGUAGUCGUAUCGUCGCCGGAGCUCGCGAAGGAGGUUCUCCACACGCAGGGAGUGGAGUUCGGUUCCCGAACUCGGAACGUCGUAUUCGACAUUUUCACUGGAAAAGGUCAGGAUAUGGUUUUCACGGUUUACGGCGAGCACUGGCGGAAGAUGCGGCGGAUCAUGACGGUUCCGUUCUUCACCAACAAGGUCGUGCAGCAGUAUCGCCAGGGUUGGGAGUCGGAGGCCGCCGCGGUCGUGGAGGACGUGAAGAAGAAUCCGGAGGCGGCGACGAAGGGGAUCGUUCUGAGGACGAGGCUUCAGCUGAUGAUGUACAACAAUAUGUUCCGAAUCCUGUUCGAUCGAAGGUUUGAGAGCGAAAAUGAUCCCCUGUAUUUGAAGCUUAAAUCAUUGAACGGUGAGCGGAGUCGCUUGGCGCAGAGCUUCGAGUACAACUAUGGCGAUUUCAUCCCGAUCCUGAGGCCUUUCCUCCGCGGAUACUUGAAAAUCUGCAAGGAGGUGAAGGACAAGAGAUUACAGCUCUUCAAGGACUACUUCGUUUCCGAGAGAAAGAAACUCGCAAGCACUAAAAGCACAAGCAGCCAAGGCCUGAAAUGUGCAAUCGAUCACAUUCUAGAAGCUGAGGAGAAAGGCGAGAUCAACGAAGACAAUGUUCUUUACAUUGUCGAAAACAUCAACGUUGCAGCAAUCGAAACCACCCUGUGGUCCAUCGAAUGGGCCAUCGCCGAGCUAGUGAACCACCCCGAGGUCCAACAAAAGCUCUGCGACGAGCUCGACAACAUUCUCGGCCACGGCAUGCCAAUAACGGAGCCCGACACUCACAAGCUGCCGUACCUCCAAGCCGUGAUCAAAGAAACACUGCGUCUACGGAUGGCCAUUCCUCUACUCGUCCCGCACAUGAACCUCCACGACGCCAAGCUCCGUGGCUACGACAUCCCUGCCGAGAGUAAGGUCCUCGUCAAUGCAUGGUGGCUCGCCAACAACCCGGCCCAUUGGAAGAAUCCUCAAGAGUUUAGGCCCGAGAGGUUCUUGGAGGAGGAGAUGAAGGUAGAGGCCAAUGGCAAUGACUUUAAGUAUCUACCGUUUGGUGUUGGCCGAAGAAGCUGCCCCGGGAUAAUACUAGCAUUGCCGAUCCUUGGAAUCACGGUGGGGCGGCUCGUGCAGAACUUCGAGAUGUCGCCGCCGGCGGGGCAGGCGAAGCUUGACACGACGGAGAAAGGAGGGCAGUUUAGCCUCCAUAUAUUGAAGCAUUCCACCAUUGUCAUGAAGCCGAGGUGUUGAAAAGUAAGUAGAGGUAUGAAUAAGAACUGUGGACGAUGUGAUGUUAGUUGUUAUUAAUCCUCUAUUGUUGCUUAAGUGAGAUUAUGAUAAUGAUUAUUAUUGCUGUCAUUAUGAAAAUGCUACAUGCGUUUGUAAUUUAAAUUAUUUUUAUUGUGAUCAUGAGACGGGGUGUUGGCGGGGUGUGCAAUCGUUCAAUGGAAAAAAAAAAAGCCUUUUGCAUUUGUGAA